AUGAGUAUCACUCACGCAACCGGUUACGCUAUCUUCGAUCCGAAGCCUGGACAAUAUGAUUUCAAAUUGACCAAAUAUGAAUUGGAACCUGCUGAACCGGAUAUGGUCACUGUAGCCAUUGAAUGUUGUGGUGUUUGUGGUUCCGACCACCACACCAUUUCAGGAGGUUGGGGACCUUUGUCUUGUCCAUACGUAGUCACGGGACAUGAAGUCAUUGGUAAAGUAGUAGAAAUCGGAUCUAAAGUCACCGAGUUCAAAGCUGGUCAGAGAGUCGGUGUGGGUGCUCAAGUUGGAUCUUGUGGACAUUGCAAGGGAUGUUUGAAGGGUAAUGAAAACUAUUGCGUUCAACCUGUACAUGGCUACAACACUUUUUGGCACAAUGGAGCGGUUCAUCAAGGUGGUUAUUCCACUCAUCUUCGAGCUCAAGAACGUUUCGUAUUCCCAAUCCCUGAUGCACUUUCUUCUACUGAUGCGGCCUCGAUGCUCUGCGGUGGUCUCACCACUUACGCACCUCUCAUCCACGCAAAAGUCGGUCCCGGUUCAAAAGUCGGUGUCAUCGGUCUUGGCGGUUUAGGUCAUUACGCAGUAUUAUUCGCCGUCGCUCUAGGUGCAGAAGUUACCGUUUUUUCUCGUGGAGAUGCUAAGAAAUCCGACGCUCUCAAAAUGGGUGCAAAACAUUAUGUUCCUACCGAUCCAGGAUUUGAAAAAGGUUUAGAACGUGAAUUCGACGUUUUGAUAUGUACUUCUUCUUCUUCACAUUUACCUAUCAACGAACUUCUCAGUACUCUUGAUGUUUUCCGUCAAUUGGUCUUUGUUGGUAUGCCAGAAAAUGGGUUGGAAAUUACUUCUCAAGCUUUAUCAAAUAAUGGGGUUGCGGUAGCUUCUAGUCAUUUAGGUAAUAAAGGGGAAGCUAUACAAAUGUUAAAGUUGGCAGCUGAGAAAGGGGUGAAACCUUGGGUAGAAUUGAUGCCUAUGAAAGAUGCUGCAAAAGCUAUGAUUGCUAUUGAGAAGGGAACUGUUAGGUACAGAACUGUUUUACUUCAGGAUAUCGAAAGCGACUAA